AUGGUCUCUGCCCGCAAGAACAUUGUAACACGCAACUAGACAAGACAAGGACCAACAACUUCGCUCUCUACAACUCCCCAGUCGAGUUAAUUAGCUCUCGCGUCGCCAUGAAUCACAAUGCCGCAAUGAAGCUGUCGGGGCUGCUAUUGAGGCAGGUAGGCCGUGGGGCCCUCUCGACAUCCACAUUCCGUGCUUUUGCUACAGAAGGCUCGAGGCAUCCAGGAGGCGGCCUCGCGUGGCUUGGAGCUCCGAUGGCAGGAACUCGAACUAAGGCCACUCUGGCAUCUCCCGAUGCCAAGGAAUCUGAGAAGGCAGCGGUGCUGCCGAGUUCUGCUGUCAGCUCGGACUCGGCCAGCAAGGCCAUUGUCAGCUACUGGGGGAUCGCUCCGCCGAAGGUGACCAAGGAAGAUGGCUCGGCUUGGAAGUGGAACUGCUUCAGGCCAUGGGAAGCUUACACGGCAGACGUAUCGAUUGAGGUGGAGAAGCACCACGCUCCCAAAACUUUCAUGGACAAAUUCGCUUACUACACCGUCCAAACUCUCAAAAUCCCAGUUGGACUCUUAUUUCAGAGACGCCAUAUGUGCCAUGCCAUGCUAUUGGAGACCGUAGCCGCAGUCCCCGGAAUGGUCGGAGGGAUGCUCCUUCACUGCAAGUCCCUCCGGCGCUUUGAGCACAGUGGGGGCUGGAUCAAGGCCCUGUUGGAGGAGGCCGAGAACGAGCGGAUGCACCUGAUGACCUUCAUAGAGGUGGCCCGGCCCAAGUGGUACGAGAGGGCCCUCGUGUUUGCAGUCCAGGGCGUCUUUGUCAACGCGUACUUCCUCGCAUACGUGAUCUCCCCAAAACUCGCCCACCGCAUCGUCGGUUACCUGGAGGAGGAGGCCGUGAUCUCCUACACCGAGUUCCUCAAGGACCUGGACAAUGGGACAUUCGAAAACAUGCCCGCUCCAGCUAUCGCCAUCGACUACUGGCGUUUGCCCCCGGACUCGACCCUCAGGGAUGUGAUCGUGGUGAUCCGAGCUGAUGAGGCGCAUCACCGCGAUCUCAACCACUAUGCAUCGGACAUACAAUGCCAAGGGCAGGAGCUAAAGCAAGCCCCUGCUCCAAUUGGGUAUCACUGAUUGUGGAAAAGUUGACGUGGGAUUACGGAGUUAAUUAUUAGCUUCGUAUUAAUUUUUAAUUUCUUUUUUCAUCUGUGAUGUCUUGUAAAGAGUUGUCAAUAUUGUUUUAUUCUUUGUUCUCAUGAAUAAAAAGCCGUUGCGUAGGCUUUUAUUCUCAGGUAUUUAUCAAUUGAUAUCAAUAGGAACUUGUACAAACAUGUGUAUGUGUAAUGAGUGUGAACCAUAAUACAUUCGACCAGUUGAAGGCAAUUUAUUCA